GCCCCGCCCGGCUCCGGCUCCGGCUCCGGCUCCGCUCGGUGCGCGGCUCCCGGGGGUCCCGGCCCAUGGCGGGGCGCUGAGCCCCCCGACCCCCACCAUGCUCUGGGGGGGCUUCCUCCUGCUCUGCCUGCUCCGCGGGGCGCUGGGCGCAGGACGCCCCCCCGGCAGCGAGGCGCGGAGAGCUCGGGACGCGGCCGAGGGGACCCGCAUCAGCCAGGACCUGGGGGGUGGCAGCCUGGCCAUCGACACCCUGCCGGCCAACGAGACCCGCAUCGUGGAGGACAACCACAGCUACUACGUGUCGCGGGUCUACGGCCCGGGGGACGCGCGGCGCCGCGGGCUCUGGCUGGAGCUGGCCACGGCCAACGGGAGCCACGUCCGGGUGCAUGGGAUCCUCUCCAACACGCACCGGCAGGCUUCGAGGAUUGUCCUGUCCUUUGACUUCCCCUUCUACGGCCACCUCCUGCGGCAGGUCACCAUCGCCACCGGCGGUUUUAUCUUCACGGGGGACGUCAUCCACCGCAUGCUGACGGCCACCCAGUACAUCGCCCCCCUCAUGGCCAACUUCAACCCCAGCUACUCCCGAAACUCCACCGUGCGGUACCUGGACAAUGGGACGGUGUUUGUGGUGCAGUGGGACAAGGUUUAUCUGCAGGGCAAGGAGGACUUGGGCAGCUUCACCUUCCAGGCUGCCCUGCACAGCAGCGGGAGGAUCGUCUUCGGCUACAAGGAGAUCCCUGUGCCCGUCCUGCAGAUCAGUGCCAGCCAGCACCCGGUGAAGGCCGGGCUCUCCGACGCCUUCAUGGUGCUCAACCCUUCUCCCGACGUGCCUGAGUCCCGGCGCCGGACGAUCUACGAGUACCACCGAGUGGAGCUGGACACCAGCAGGAUCAGCAGCCUGUCAGCUGUGGAGUUCACCCCGCUGCCCACCUGCCUGCAGCACCAGAGCUGUGAAACGUGCCUGAGCUCGGAGCUGACCUUCAACUGCAGCUGGUGCCACGUCCUGCAGAGGUGCUCCAGUGGCUUUGACCGGUACCGGGAGGAGUGGCUGAGCUACGGCUGCGGCCAGUCGGAUGGACAGACCUGUGAGGAUCUGGCCGAGGGCGGGCACUACUCGGCGCCCCCGGGCAGCUCCGUGUCACCGCAGCCUGGCGCUGUCACCUCCCCCACGGCCUCGCUCUUCCUCGACAGCCUCACCACCGAAGAUGACACCAAGCUCAACCAGUUUGCAGGAGGAGAGGGGAGCGCCCUGCCCUCGCGGGGUGCCCCCAUCCCCACGGGCACCCUGGUGGGCAUCGUGGUGGCCGUGCUGGUGCUGGCUGGGGCCAUCCUGGCCGGGAUCUACAUCAGCGGCCACCCCACGUCCAGCGCCGCCCUCUUCUUCAUCGAGCGGAGGCCGCACCGCUGGCCCGCCAUGAAGUUCCGGAACCGCGGCAACCACGGCUCCUACGCCGAGGUGGAGGCGGCCAGCCAGGAGAAGGAGGGGUUUGUGGAGGCCGAGCAGUGCUGAGCGCUGCUCCCGGGGAUCCAUCCCGAGGGAUCCUGUCAAAACCUGAGGAAUCCAUCCUGAGGGAUCCCAAGGAAUCUUGAGGGAUCCAUCCCGAGGGAUCCAUCCCGAGGGAUCCUGUCAAAACCUGAGGAAUCCAUCCUGAGGAAUCCAUCCCGAGGAAUCCUGUCAAAACCUGAGGAAUCCAUCCUGAGGAAUCCCAAGGAAUCCAUCCCAAGGAAUCCCGAGGGAUCCAUCCCGAGGAAUCCUGUCAAAACCUGAGGAAUCCAUCCUGAGGAAUCCCAAGGGAUCCAUCCCAAGGAAUCCCGAGGGAUCCAUCCCAAGGAAUCCUGUCAAAACCUGAGGAAUCCAUCCCAAGGAAUCCAUCCCAAGGAAUCCUGACAAAUCCUGAGGAAUACAUCCUGAGGAAUCCUGACAAAUCCCAAGGAAUCCCAAGGAAUCUUGAGGGAUCCAUCCUAAGGAAUCCCGAGGGAUCCAUCCCAAGGAAUCCCGUCAAAACCUGAGGAAUCUAUUCCAAGGAAUCCCAAGGAGUCUUGAGGAAUCCAUCCUAAGGAAUCCUGACAAAUCAUGAGGAUUCCAUCCCGAGGAAUCCCAAGGAAUCCAUCCUGAGGAAUCCCAAGGGAUCCAUCCUGAGGAAUCCCAAGGGAUCCAUCCUGAGGAAUCCCGAGGGAUCCAUCCUGAGGAAUCCCGAGGAAUCCAUCCUGGCAAAUCCUGAGGAAUCCAUCCUGAGGAAUCCCAAGGAAUCAAUCCCGAGGAAUCCCAAGGAAUCCAUCCCAAGGAAUCCCAAGGAAUCCCGAGCCUCCCGUGUCCCAAAGUGCCAGGAUCCCUUAAUUAAUUUGCUAAAUUGCUAAUUGCGACCUUUGGCCCCGAAGGAGACAGAGAGAGGGGGGAAAUAAAUCUGAAAUUCCACCAGAA